AUGAAGCUGAAGCACGUGAAGUGGGAGCUGGACGGGAUUGAAGGGUUUGCGUCGCCAAAAAUCAGGUACGAGCAGUACAUGACGCCCUCGGAGCUGGCGUGUUCUGUCGCCCACGUUAUGGCCGUUGAAAAUGACGACAUUUCUGGGAAGAAAGUGCUCGAUUUAGGCUGUGGGACGGGCAUGCUAAGCGCUGCUGUUCUCCUCCACGGAGCUUCCAGAGUCACGGGCGUGGAUAUUGACGGGGCCCUGGAGGAGACGUACAGAAAAAACCUGCAGGGACUCCCAGGGGAGGGAAAAUUCCGCUUUUUACGCCUGGACGUCUCCGGGGACGACUUCUCCGGGGUUGGGAGGCACGAUACUGCAGUGAUAAACCCUCCUUUUGGCACAAAAAGCAACAGCGGAAUAGACGCACUAUUCCUGGAGAAAGCCCUUAGCAUCGCCGAUGUCGUCUACUCUAUGCACAAAACCAGCACGCGAGAGUACUUCCAGAAGAAGUACGCGGGCAGAAUAACGGUCCUUUCAAAGAUGCUUUUCGAGCUCAAAAAAACGUACAAGUUCCAGAAGAAAGAAAGUGUCCACGUAGAGGUAGAUUUGAUACGGGUCAUUUCAAAGUGA